CAUCCAAAUCCAAUUCGUUUCCCCUUUUUCUCAUGCUUGAGGAUCGGGAUUUCUCCCAAAAGCCCUAGCUUCUUCCUUAUCAAUUACCAAAGGGCUUCUCCCAGUUUUAGGAAUAUCUGCAGAGGUCUCCACUCAGGUCAGUCAAGCGGUUCUUUUGCCUAGAUUUAGGGUUACGUUUUAUAUAUUUCUUUUGUUUAGUUUUGUGAUAUUUUCUUCAAUGUCGCUGGCAAAGGAACUAUACCCAUCUCACGAUGACCUCCUUUACGAGGAGGAACUGUUGAGAAACCCCUUUAGUUUGAAACUCUGGUGGAGGUAUUUAAUAGCUAGAUCAGACGCCCCCUUCAAGAAAAGAUUCAUAAUAUACGAGCGAGCCUUGAAAGCUUUGCCUGGCAGUUACAAGCUUUGGCAUGCUUAUUUGCGUGAGCGUCUUGAAAUUGUUCGUAAUUUACCUGUUACUCACCCUCAAUAUGAAAACCUUAAUAAUACUUUUGAGAGGGCGCUUGUCACAAUGCAUAAGAUGCCUAGGAUUUGGAUAAUGUACUUGCUGACGUUAACUGAGCAGAAGUUGAUUAGUAAGACACGCAGGACGUUUGAUCGAGCGCUUUGUGCAUUGCCUGUGACUCAACAUGAUAGGAUUUGGGAACCUUACUUAGUUUUCGUCAGUCAAAAGGGUAUCCCCAUUGAGACAUCGCUUAGGGUUUAUAGGAGAUAUUUGAAGUAUGAUCCUAGUCAUAUUGAGGAUUUUAUUGAGUUUUUGGUGAAUUCAAGUCUGUGGCAAGAAGCAGCGGAGAGGUUAGCAUCUGUUUUGAAUGAUGAUCAGUUUUAUUCAAUAAAGGGUAAAACUAAGCAUAGGCUGUGGUUAGAGUUGUGUGACUUGCUCACAACUCAUGCGACAGAUGUUUCGGGGCUCAAUGUGGAUGCGAUAAUCAGAGGUGGAAUUAGAAAGUUUACAGAUGAAGUUGGGAGACUCUGGACUUCACUUGCUGAUUAUUACAUCAGAAGAAAUCUGUUUGAGAAGGCAAGGGAUAUUUUUGAGGAGGGAAUGACGACUGUGGUUACCGUGAGGGAUUUCAGUGUCAUAUUUGAUGCUUAUUCACAAUUUGAAGAGAGUAUGGUUGCUCUUAAAAUGGAGAACAUGGAUUUGAGUGAUGAGGAAGAAGAUGUUGAAGAGGAUGAAGAGGACAUCCGUUUGGACAUUGCUCUAUGCAAAUCAAAAUCAAAGUUUGAGAAGAAGAUAUUUAAGGGGUUUUGGUUACAUGAUGAUAAUGAUGUUGAUUUGAGGUUGGCUCGGUUAGAACAUUUAAUGAAUAGAAGGCCCGAACUGGCUAAUAGUGUCCUUUUGCGCCAGAAUCCACAUAAUGUGGAGCAAUGGCAUCGUAGGGUCAAGCUAUUUGAGGGAAAUCCCACCAAGCAAAUAUUGACAUACACAGAGGCAGUUAGGACGAUUGACCCAAUGAAAGCUGUUGGAAAGCCCCAUACUUUGUGGGUGGCUUUUGCAAAGCUAUAUGAGACUUAUAAAGAUCUGGCAAAUGCUCGUGUCAUUUUUGAUAAAGCUGUUCAAGUAAAUUACAAGACUGUUGAUCAUCUGGCAAGUGUAUGGGCUGAGUGGGCAGAGAUGGAACUGAGGCAUAAAAAUUUCAAAGGGGCGCUGGAGCUGAUGAGACGUGCCACAGCUGAGCCUUCUGUUGAGGUCAAACGAAGAGUGGCUGCUGACGGUAAUGAACCUGUUCAGAUGAAGCUUCAUAAAUCCUUGAGGCUGUGGACGUUCUAUGUAGACUUGGAAGAAAGUUUGGGUACUCUGGAGUCAACUCGAGCAGUUUAUGAGAGAAUACUGGAUUUAAGAAUUGCUACUCCACAAAUUAUUAUAAACUAUGCAUUUUUAUUGGAGGAAAACAAAUAUUUUGAAGAUGCUUUCAAAGUGUAUGAAAGAGGUGUCAAGAUAUUCAAGUAUCCGCACGUGAAGGAUAUAUGGGUCACUUAUUUGUCGAAGUUUGUAAAGAGAUAUGGGAAGUCAAAACUGGAACGAGCAAGGGAACUGUUUGAGCAUGCUGUUGAAACCGCACCUUCUGAUGCAGUAAAACCCCUUUAUCUUCAAUAUGCCAAGCUGGAGGAGGAUUUUGGGCUAGCAAAGCGAGCUAUGAAGGUCUAUGAUCAAGCAACCAAGGCUGUUCCAAAUCAUGAGAAACUCGGCAUGUAUGAGAUUUACAUUGCCCGUGCAGCUGAGAUCUUUGGUGUUCCAAAAACGAGAGAAAUUUAUGAGCAGGCAAUAGAGUCUGGUCUUCCGGAUAAAGAUGUGAAGACAAUGUGUUUGAAAUAUGCAGAGUUGGAAAAGAGCUUAGGAGAAAUUGACCGUGCCCGUGGAAUAUAUGUAUUUGCAUCCCAGUUUGCUGAUCCACGCUCUGAUGCAGAUUUUUGGGAUAAAUGGAGGGAGUUUGAGGUGCAACACGGAAAUGAAGAUACCUUCAGAGAAAUGUUGCGGAUUAAACGGAGUGUGUCUGCAAGUUACAGCCAGACACACUUCAUUCUUCCAGAGUAUCUGAUGCAGAAGGAUCAUAACAUUGAUGAAGCAAAAGACAAAUUGAAACAGGCGGGUAUGUCCGAGGAUGAAAUGGCUGCUCUUGAGAGGAAUUUAUUACCCGCUGCUGAUAAUACUGUUUCCAAAGACAACUCUAGGAAAGUAGGGUUUGUGAGUGCUGGAGUUGAGUCACAGGUGGAUGGUGGGAUGAAAACAACAGCAAAUCUCGAAGAUAUUGAUUUGCCAGAGGAAAGUGACUCAGACGAAGAAAGGGUUGAAAUUGCUCAGAAAGAUGUCCCGUCUGCCGUGUUUGGAGGUGUUAGAAAGAGGGAAGAUGGCGAUGACAUUGAUGCCUCUGCUGCCAAAGACAAGGGUGGGAAGGGACUACUGGGUGCACUUGAGCGAAUCAAAAGGCAGAAGCAAGCUCAGUAAUACCUCUACAUAUUCAACUCCUACCAAGUUAUCUUUGAUAAUUCGAUGGAACUAACUCUGGAAUUUUCUGUGCCUGUUCUUUAGGAUUUUGUAUAUUUGGAUCAUAAUCAUAUCCAUUUCAAGUUUUGGAUUUC